GGUUUCCUAGGAGACGGCGGCAGCGUUUGGUAUCUGUGCAUUGAGAGGAAGAGAGGUGGUGUGUUCAGUUUUCUGGCGAUGUUUGUGUUAGCAGAGAGCGUUUUACAAUAUGGAGAUGCCGGACACGAUGAGAAGACGACUGGAAGACUUUUCUCGAAACGUUUUAUUCGACCAGAGCCGGACUCAACCCAUCACAAAAGAGAAUGACACGUUUUUGCCUCACGUUUCAGACAAGCGGGUUCUGUCAGGUCUCCACCUCCAGAUGUCUCUGUACUUUAACAUGUGGUUCUUCCCCCUGUGGUGGAUCAGCGAAACUAUAAUGCUGCACCUCAAGUAUCCUGCCUUACCGGACUACUACAAGUUCAUCCUUGUAACUGUUCUCAUACUGAUGACCCUGAUUGAGGCCAUUAGACUUUUUCUUGGUUAUGCUGGGAACCUGCAAGAAAAGGUUCCAGAGUUGGCUGGAUUUUGGUUGCUGAGUAUCCUGCUUCAGUUUCCACUAAUCCUGUUUCUGCUCUUCAAUGAAGCCAUUCUCAUACAGCCACUGGAGAGGGCCGUCCACAUAGUUCUAGCAUUGUUUAUAUUAUCACAGGCUCUCUCUGGUUUUGUGGCACUCCGGGACAUGGUCAGACACACAGAGAGCCAGUUUCAUCUCAGACAGUUUCACUGAAUUCUGAAGCUUUCGAGUUCCUACGACAUCUAACAAACCGCAAAACAAGUGUACAUCACUCCUCCCAGCCUUAGAGGCUUACAUCAAAAACUUGACAAGUACAUGAGAUGUUUCUGCAUUACAAAACACACAAAUGUCUCAUUUGUGUGUAAAUGGAUGAUGGAUUUGUGUGUCCUAUGGAUGUACAUUGACACAAUAUUUCUCCUCAUGUUCCACAGUGUUGUUUUUUUGUAUUUUUAACUUAAUGUUACCUGAUUACUGACCUGUACAAGUGUUAUUAAAAAAAUGUUUUUAUUUUUUUAUUAUGUUUUGGAGUAUGAUUAUUCAACAACCAUCAAUUAAAACAUUUAAAAGACAAGCACAGAGAAACAUUUCCUUUGAUAUAGGUCAAUGUUGAUUUUAUCCAGAAUUUAAAGGCUCCAUUGUAAUUGGUGCACUUUCUACGGAAGCCUGAUUGUUUCUGAACCUCUCCUUCUGUUUUUCACUACAAGAAUUAGGGAAGCUAAAACUCUGAGAUAAAAAUCAGGCUGGCUGCAGACCGCACCAACUUAUGAGAAAAAACUUAAUGUGAAAAAUCUGCUUCUGUACCUCCAGAAGCUAAAUUCCAACAAGCUUGACAGAUUGUUUGUUGUAAUGAAUAAAUCAAUUGUUUGUUGAAUUCUGUCAAACCAUGAGUCUACUUUGAUUUUUAGUGGCUUGCUAUAAUCAAUACUGUAUUAGUGAUAAUUUUCUUUAAGCAAAUGUCCCAAA